AUGAUCACAGUUAGACUUGCUGGAAAAGGAUGUGCCACUCCCCUCAGUGGUCCCUGUGACAACGGUGAGAAGAUGCUGAAGACAUGGUAUUCUAUCCUGCUGUGUUGGCUGUCCUUGCAGCUUGAGGCUAAUCCUGGUCUUAAAGUGAGGAUUACUCAGAAGGGGCUGGACUACGGCAGGAGGAUUGGGAUGGAGCUCCUGAAGCAAGCAGUAUUGAAAGAGACCUUCCCAAGCUGGAGUGGGCAGGAGAGUUUCUCAGUUGUUAAAGUCAACUAUGUAAUUUCAAGGCUCAGAAUUAAUGCUGUAGAUUUCCCAGAAACUUCUGCUUCCUUUAUUCCUGGCAUUGGCAUUAGUCUGUCAGUGGCACAUGCUUCUGCUACAAUCAGUGCAGACUGGAGAAUGAACGCAUGGCUGCUCAAAGACCAAGGAGGAAUUACUGUGUCCAUCUCAGGACUGUUUAUUGCAGUUAUCUUCAAAGUGUCAAGGAAUAGCACAGGCCGCUUGUCCAUGUUGCUACACAGUUGCCAGCUGAGCAUUAAUAGUGUAAAAGUCAAGUUAAAUGGAGGAUCUAGCUGGAUCUAUAGCUUUCUAUCUGGUUAUCUUGAGAAGCCCAUUCACACCAAAUUGGAUAAAAAUCUAUGCCUAAAUAUCAAAAACAAAAUCCAAAUGAUGGAUGCACAGCUAAGAAAGCAUAAGGUCUUAAGCCAGAUUGAUGCCUUUGCACAAAUAGACUAUUCCCUAGUUAGUUCUCCAGCAGUCUUCAAAUCACACAUUAACUUGGAUUUGAAGAUUGCUCUGAGUUACGUAACAGCGUGCCCAGUGCUGCUGAAGCUGAUGGCUACAUCACCACCUGCGGUCAGUUUACAUGCAGACAGAUGCAUCCUACAGAUCACUGGCUGUGUAGAAGUGUUUGCUGUUCUGCCAAAUUCAACUACCCAGUACAUCUUUACAGGGAAUCUAGGUCAUCUGGUGAUUGCCACUGAUGUUCACUACAAACAUGAGGAAGGGGGAGAUGAGGACCUUCACAGUCACUCCUAA